CCCUCGCGCGCGCGCGCCCUUGAAGUCAACAGCACUGAAACCUGUUCACAUUCACCGAGGCGGCAGCAGCAGCAGCGACAGCAGCGACAACGUCGCCCCCAGACUCGCGGGAGAAGGACACUGUCAGUUCUGGGCACACUGCUGUUGCUUUUGCAGAUUGUUGUUUUUCCUCCGUUUACCUUAAGUCGCUUUUCGGUGUCCCCCCCCUCGUCUAGCGCGUUUAAAGAGAGGGCGCAAACUGGAACGCAUCAUCUUCCCGCUGUGAUUCGUUCGGGAGGGAAUGAUCUCGGAUGGCGAAUGUGGUGAUAUCCAAAUAACUGUCAACUCAGGUAGCGGAAUUUUGCCAUAGCCUUCUUUUCCCGUGUUUUUUUUUUUUUUUUUUUGCCUUCGUGAUGAAUGUGGAUUGAUGUGUGUUACGGUGGUUGUGUUGGUAUUUUAGAGGCAACUGAAAAAUGAGUUGGGGGAGACUUGUGCAUUAGUACACGCUGUUGUGGAUCACAGCCGCCCAGGAAUGAGGAUGUCCUUCGACUGAUCUCAUCUGUAUCAGAAAACCCCCCUCUUGAUUUCAUCGGCACUGGUGCAUCUUCACUGCAUCUGGAGAGCGCAUGGGGGAAUCAUGAGGAAGCGUCAUUAAAGGAAGCUGCUGCUCUCUGUGAACCACACACCGAAAGACAGACGGUAUACUGCAGUUUACCUCUCCUGGCAUUUACACCUUAUCCUAUAUUAGCGCAUACGAGUUUCCAGGGUCAACUGUCCACCAUCAAACCAAUUCGCCAUGCCAGUGCACUGAAAGGGUGGAUAUCUUUGGCUGCCCGGUGCAGAUAGCAUGGCUUCACCCCGGGGAAGAUGCAGAUCGGAGAUGAUCGUGGUGUCAGGAUGCCUUCUUGUGUUGGUCUUGAGAUUUCGACCCGUGUUGGCGCGGGUCUGCAACGACAAUGCCGGGCACAAUCUGGAGAACGCCUGGUACUCGAGAGACGGCCAAGCGUUGCCCAUCAUGGUCCUGAUGCCCAUGAAUGAAUCAGCGCUUAGGAGCAGCAUCAGUCAAGGGAUCGACCGUGCUGUCCAGCUUGCCAUUCAGCACAUAAGAGAAUCGAGGCUGUACUCUUUCUCCCUAAUCCCCAAAAUCUACGACACUGAGUGUGACAAUGCCAAAGGGCUGAGGGCCUUCUUUGAUGCCAUAUGCUUUGGCCCGAAACACCUGAUGAUCUUUGGAGGGGUGUGUCCUUCUGUAACCUCCAUCAUUGCAGAGUCAUUAGAGGGAUGGAACCUUGUGCAGCUAUCCUUUGCAGCAACUACACCUGUUCUGGCUGACAAAAAAAAGUACCCCAACUUCUUCCGAACUGUCCCGUCAGACAACGCUGUUAACCCAGCCGUGGUGAAGUUCCUCAACCAUUACAACUGGACCCGGGUGGGGACACUGACCCAGGAUGUGCAGAGGUUUUCAGAGGUUAGAAAUGACCUGACAAAUGAGCUCGAGAAGGCGGACAUCCAGAUUGCUGACACGCAGAGCUUCUCCUAUGACCCCUGUGUCAAUGUGAAGAACCUAAAGGACAACGAUGUGAGGAUAAUUAUUGGGCAGUUUGAUGAGAACUUGGCCUCCAAGGUUUUUUGCUGUGCCUACAACCUGAACAUGUUCGGUAGUAAAUACCAGUGGAUCAUUCCUGGUUGGUACCAGGAAAACUGGUGGGAAAAGGCCAACACCACCAACUGCACUGCCAAAAAACUGCUGACAGCCAUGGAAGGGUACAUCAGCGUGGACUUUGAGCCGCUCAGCACGAAGCAGAUCAAGGGCAUCUCUGGAAGGACGCCACAGGAGUAUGAGCAAGAAUACAACAGACAGCGGAUAAAGAAGGGUGUGGAGUCCAGCAAAUUCCAUGGGUUUGCGUACGACGGGAUUUGGGUCAUCGCCAGAACUCUGACCCGGGUCAUGGAGAUACUGAGACACAGGGAGCGACACAGCCCCCACCGGAACUUUACAGUGGAUGACAGGGAUGUGGGACGGCUGGUGCUGGAUGUUAUGAAUGAGACGAAUUUCUUCGGAGUAACGGGUCAGGUUAUGUUCAGAAAUGGUGAACGGAUGGGAACUAUCAAGUUCACACAAUUCCAAGAGGGCCAAGAGGUGAAGGUUGGAGAAUACAAUGCCAUUGUAGAUGUGCUGGAGCUCAUCAACAACACUAUCAGUUUUCAAGGAAUGGAGCCCCCUAAAGACCGGACGUUUGUGCGUUUGCAGCGACGGCAGAUCAACAUGCCCCUGUACAGCAUCCUCUCUGUUAUGACCAUUCUCGGCAUGUUCAUGGCCAGCGCCUUCCUAUUCUUCAACAUCAAGAACCGCAACCACCGGCUGAUAAAGAUGUCCAGCCCUUACAUGAACAACCUCAUCAUCCUGGGAGGAAUGCUGUCCUACGCCUCCAUCUUCCUUUUCGGACUGGACGGGUCCUUCGUCUCCGACAAAGUGUUCGAGACCCUUUGCACCGUCCGUACUUGGAUUCUGACUGUGGGUUACACCACAGCUUUUGGGGCAAUGUUUGCAAAGACCUGGAGAGUCCAUGCCAUCUUUAAGAAUGUGAAGAUGAAGAAAAAGAUCAUUAAGGACCAGAAGCUGCUGAUCAUCGUUGGCGGGAUGCUGCUGAUAGAUCUCUGCAUCCUCAUCUGCUGGCAGGUUGUGGAUCCUCUCAAGAGAACCGUGGAGGAGUACAGCCUGGAGGCAGAUCCUCAGGGGCGGGAUAUGGCGAUUCGUCCCUUCCUGGAGCACUGUGAGAACAUGCAUAUGACGAUUUGGCUGGGGAUUGUCUACGCCUACAAAGGGCUCCUCAUGUUGUUUGGCUGUUUUUUGGCCUGGGAGACACGUAACGUGAGCAUUCCUGCUCUGAAUGACAGCAAGUACAUUGGGAUGAGCGUCUACAAUGUGGGGAUUAUGUGCAUCAUUGGCGCGGCCGUCUCCUUCCUGACUCGGGAUCAGCCCAACGUCCAGUUCUGCAUUGUGGCUCUGGUCAUCAUCUUCUGCAGCACCAUCACCCUGUGCUUGGUGUUUGUGCCAAAGCUAAUAACAAUGAGAACCAAUCCAGAUGCAGCUACUCAGAACCGAAGAUUUCAGUUCACCCAAAACCAGAAAAAGGAGGACUCCAAGACUUCUACCUCCGUUGCUAGUGUCAACCAGGCCAACACAUCCCGGCUUGACAGUCUGCAGGCCAACAACCAUCAACUCAGGAUGCGGAUAACAGAGUUGGACAAGGAGCUGGAGGAGGUGACCAUGCAGCUCCAGGACACUCCGGAGAAGACCCCCUACAUCAGACAGAGUCAGUUCCAGGAGGUGAACAGCAUCCUCAGCAUACGCGACUUCACGGACGGCAAAGAGGACGACAGAUCGAUGUUGAAGAAUCACCAUGAGCAGAAGUGGGGCUCUCUGGACCCUCCCAGGGCAAACAGAGGACCCCUGGAAGACAUCAACUCGCCAGAGCACGUACAGCGGAGACUAUCCUUGCAGCUGCCCAUCCUGCACCACGCCUACCUCCCCUCGAUAGGGGGGGUGGAUGCCAGCUGCGCCAGUCCCCCCGCCAGCCCCGGCAACAGCCCCCGGCACAGACGCGCACCCCUGUCCUACGGGAUGAUGGUUUCGGGCCUGUGAGGACACACACCAGAGAACUGCCUGCGUCUUCGUUUCUGUUUCGUUUUACGUGUUUUUUUUUAUGUGUUUUUUUUUUUUUUCAAUCGGACUGACGUGGUCAGUGACAGGGAUGAGGCGCGGGAACGGAGUGCUCCACGCUCCGCCCUCACCUUCGCCAGAGAGGCGCUUGGCCCCCCGUGACCCACCCACUGGGAGGGGCUGACAAACCUCCCCCU